CUUUCUGAACGGAAAGGAGUUGGCCACGGUCCGCAACAUCUGCAGUCACGUCCAGAACAUGGUCAAGGGUGUCACAAUGGGCUUCAGGUACAAGAUGCGCUCUGUGUACGCCCAUUUCCCCAUCAACGUGGACAUCCAGGAGGGAGGCGCGUUGGUCGAGAUCAGGAACUUCCUGGGAGAGAAGUACAUCCGCCGUGUUCGCAUGAGAGCUGGUGUGGGAUGUGCUCUGUCGACGGCCCAGAAGGACGAGUUGGUGCUGGAGGGCAAUGAUGUGGAGCUUGUGUCCAACUCAGCGGCUCUGAUUCAACAGGCCACCACAGUCAAAAAUAAGGAUAUCAGAAAGUUUGGAUGUUGAGAUUUCAGUUGUAUC